CAUUGCGAACUGCUCGUCUGGAGCAUUGCGGGGUGCAAGAGAGAGGAACAAAGCUGGUGAAACUGCCGUGCGCCGAGCGUCAAUGGGCAACAUCCAAUCUCACCUGCAGGAGCUGGGCUUUCCCGGUCUCUUCGACUGCUGCGAAAGGGUCAGCGGCGCGCACAAGACAAGAAUGCUGCUCGACGAUUUUCUUUCCCUGAGGCUCUUCAUUCUCUCUAUGUAUGCGCGUGUGUUUGUCAAACGUUCAGCCUGCCGUGGACGUGGCGAGUGAUGUGAGGUUAUUGGAUGAUCAGGACACACGGCAAACAGCCAACACGAACCCCUUUACAGGGUGAGAGAGAUUGAACGGACAUGCACUUUGUGUCUAUCCUGCUCUCUCUGCUUGUGGUUGGGUUGUUUCUUUGUGCACACAGUGACAAGAACAGGGUAGAGUAUUCUCAGUAUGCGAGUGCAUACAACGGCGCGCCCAGCACCGACACGAAUGCCACAGAGGCGACGGCAGCCAAGCCAAACGAGGCGGCGAAACAGUGAGGCGUCGGUACCGACGCCGCCCUUGAAUUGAACGUGACGAAUGGGUGUGAAGAAUGACGUGGCGAACGGAUG